GGGUUCCUGGCGUUCUGCUCUCACACAGACCAGCCUGCUCCUUUUUCUCUCACACACUCAUUUGGGAUUUUUUUUUCUUUUUCUUUUAUUGGGGUGUUUUUUCUUACAUUUUUUUUUGGUGUGUGCUGGAGACAAGCUGAAGGUGGGGGAACGUACGGAGAAAGGGGCACGAUACCCACAGCAAGAGGAGAAGCUGCUGAGAAGCUGCGAGUGAAGCUGAAGGGGGAGAGACUUUGUCCAGCUAGCAAGGAGGGAAGCAAAAUGUCCCGUCUGUCUCUAACCCGCUCCCCGGUUUCUCCCCUGGCUGCCCAAGGAAUACCUCUUCCAGCACAGCUUACCAAAUCCAAUGCUCCGGUACAUCUAGAUGUAGGAGGACACAUGUAUACCAGCAGUCUGGCCACCCUGACAAAGUAUCCAGAUUCCAGAAUCAGUCGGCUGUUCAAUGGCACAGAACCCAUUGUACUGGACAGUUUAAAACAACAUUAUUUUAUUGAUCGAGAUGGUGAAAUUUUCCGGUACAUUUUAAGCUUUCUGAGGACCUCUAAGCUGCUUCUCCCUGAGGACUUUAAGGAAAUCAAUCUUUUGUAUGAAGAAGCGAAAUAUUAUCAGCUGCUUCCCAUGGUCAAAGAACUGGAACGAUGGAAACAAGAUAAAGAGCACAGGAAGCAUUUCCAGCCAUGUGACUGUCUGGUUGUUCGAGUGACCCCUGACCUGGGGGAGAGGAUUGCUCUAAGCGGAGAAAAGGCUUUAAUAGAAGAGAUCUUUCCUGAAACCGGAGAUGUGAUGUGCAACUCUGUGAAUGCCGGCUGGAACCAAGAUCCAACCCAUGUCAUUAGGUUUCCACUUAAUGGUUACUGCAGAUUAAACUCCGUGCAGGUACUAGAGAGACUGUUUCAGAAGGGAUUUCAUGUUGCCGCAUCUUGUGGAGGUGGCGUUGACUCCUCGCAGUUUAGUGAAUAUGUAUUGUGUCGUGAGGACCGGAGAAUGCAACCAAACACAAUGAGGAUAAAACAAGAGCCACUUGACUGAUGUUAGGCAUCACUUUGUAUCCCUAGAAGUGCGCAUUAGUCCUUGGUAUGAAACCUUCAGGAUCUGCAAACCAGUAUUAAUGAACUUCUUGUGACUACUUGUUGCCAGUUUGUAAUAUUAUAAGACAGACUGAUUGACAGGCACAUGCCUCACAACUGCAACUUUUGAGAGUACUUAACCCGACUGGUUGACUAUGGAUAUAUAUUCAUCUCAACAGCUGUGCUGUAAAGAGAAAAGACCAAUCAUGGAUUUUUGUUGACCAUUAGAAACAUCACAUUAUUAUCAGUGAUGAAAAUCAUUUUUCCCCUUUUUAUUUUAUUUGAAGACCCGCUCCCAGUAUGCUGCAUUGAACAGUUUUCUUAUCCCCAUCUGUACAUUUGAUGCUUCAAAUAGACUUUUUCCAGUUAAAGGUUUGAAGACAUGGACAUACAGUAUACCCAGAGAUACCCAGCUACAGAGCACAUGGUCACAACCUUAAGCGAAGAAACAAUAUAUUUUGCAAAUGUGUGCUACAUGGAUAACAUUUGGAUCCCAUCAGAAUCAACAACUCUUGCCUUGACCCAAAUUAUUUCAUUAUUAUGCAUGGUUAGGAGGACUGGUUAAAGAGAAAUAUAUAGUGCAAAAUCAAGAUUUCCAACCUAUUGUGCUAUUUAUUAUAUAUUUAAACAGAAGAACCAAUGGAGUUUCAGUUGUUAACCAACUUUAAGCUGCUAAAUUGAUUUCUGUUUCAUAUGAUCUGGGUGUAAUUUAAAUUAAUGGGUAUAUUUGCAAUGUUUGGACAACUAAUUAAUGCCUACACUCCAUAGAAAUUGUAAAAAGGGCAGACAUGAGCAUUAGAGAUAUUAGUUAUAGUCACAAUUACUGUUUGAUAAGGAUUAUACUGCCAACAGCCCAUGUAGACCCAAGAGUAGUGAUGGGCGAAUUUGUCCCGUUUCGCUUCACCACGAAAUUCAUGAAUUUCCCUUGAAACUCGCGAACCGGGAGAAAAAUUAGCGAAAUGCAAAUUUUAACAUUUGAUGCGCAUUAAAGUCAAUGGCCUUCCAUUUACUUGUCACUGGCGUCAAAACCUUAGGCCAAUUUUCACAGCAAUUUUGUGAAUUUAUUCACCAGAGGCGAAACAUGGAAAUUCGCAGUGAAUUCGUGCCUUGCAAAUAAAUUCGUCCAUCACUACUCAAGUGAUAUUACUGUAGCGGCAUUUCCAGGCGAAGCUACUGGUGAGGCAGCUCUUUAACAGAACUGAAAUAAAUUGGUACAGUAUUUAGAAUAUACUUUAACUGAGGACCUAAAUUUUUUACGUGAUAAAAAAUAUAGUGCUAAACAGCUAACGUUUGCCUGUUCCUGGUAUCACAGAUUUCUUAGCUCCAGAUUUAUUUCCUUUUUAUCAGGGUUUACAGAUGAACAGACAUUUUGAUAAAUCCUGUUUUUAAACAUGUUCUUUAAACAAGUAUUUAUCCUUAUGCUCGGCCCACGCAUAUUAAUUUAUAGCAUUUAAUAAUGACUUGAACAGACAUAUAUGGUAAGCUAAUGUAUAUAACAAUUGUAUGACCAAUCUUAGAUGCCAAGAAUGUUUUAAUGCAAUAGUUCUGACGUUGCUUGCAGUAGCAGAAUCCUUCAGCCCUGGAAGUUGUAUUCGUGUACAAAGGACAAUAGAUCACUACAUGAUUAGCAUCCAAUAUAACCAUUUUGAAAAUAUUUUGUGCGACAGUUUUAUACCCACGACGAACAAUUAUUGGUGCUGUCAUAUUGGAGUACUUGGCACUGCGUUUGAAUUUGUACAUAAAAUAUAUGUAGACUUGUAUAAUAUACAUUAUUGUAAAAAUAUUGUCAUGUACUUGUGUAUACAUAUUUCUAAUAUAGUAUUCAUGCCAUAAACAUUUCUGUAUAGUAAAGAAAAAAAAUGGUUAAACAGAAA